CUGAACCGUCACACACAACAGGCUGGAACUUUACCACUGUUCUUUUGCUUGAAACAAUACAGCAAUGGCGGCUUCCAUCAUUCCCAAAGAUGUUUCCUUAGACGAAACAGGACACAUCAAGUUGUUCAACAAGUUCCCUUUCGAGGGUGUUGAAGUCAAGGAUAUUUCCUUGGUUGAUUAUAUUACUGUUGGUAAUGGACAACCCCUUCCUCACACUGCUGGCCGUUUCCAAAGUAAGCGCUUCCGUAAGGCUCGUUGCUUCAUCGUCGAGCGUUUGGCCAACAGCUUGAUGAUGAACGGCCGUAACAACGGUAAGAAGCUUUUGUCUACUCGCAUUGUCAAGCAUGCUUUUGAGAUCAUCGCUCUUUUGACCGACCAAAAUCCUCUUCAAAUUUUGGUUGAUGCUGUUGCCGCUUGUGGCCCUCGUGAAGACUCUACCCGUAUUGGUAGUGCUGGUACUGUUCGCCGUCAAGCCGUUGAUGUUUCUCCUCUCCGUCGUGUCAACCAAGCCAUCGCUUUGAUCACCGUUGGCGCUCGUGAGGCUGCUUUCCGUAACGUCAAGUCUAUUUCUGAGUGCUUGGCUGAAGAAAUCAUCAAUGCUGCCAAGGGUUCUUCCAACUCUUAUGCUAUCAAGAAGAAGGAUGAACUCGAGCGUGUUGCCAAGAGCAACCGUUAAAAAACACAUACGUUGUGGUAUGGAGGAUCAUUGUUUAGUCAUAAUACAGUUUUUGCUUGGUAAUUUAUGGUUGAGUGUUCGUAGCGCAAUGGAAACUAUCCACUGGUUUAAAUAAGCCUCUACCCUC